AUGAGCGACUAUGACGAUUAUUUUGACUCCAUAGAUGAACAGGCACUUGCUGAGCUCGACGUCGUCGAAGCAACACUCAACUCGUGCGAAAUAGCGCCACGCCCGCCAGUGAAAAGCGCGUCAAACAAACCACGAAUAUCGCAAGCAAGCAUGGAUUCAGAAUUCGGUGACCUGACGCUCGAUUUGGACGACAUGGACGCGCUUGAGGCUGCCGUGAGCAGGCCCAAAGCAGACUCCACCUCGCGACCUGGACAGUCGUUCAAUCGAACGAUCAGUGGAGCAAACGAUGGUUGGGGUUUCCAUACGGACUCAGGAGGAUCGCUUCAAACGGAUUUGCAUGGCAACAUCCUCAUUUCUGAGGAGCUCGAGGAGCCAGCAAGGCAGCAACGGCCUCGUGUGCCUCUGCUCGGACAGAGGCUCCGGAAAACCAAAGUUUGGGAUCAGACUGCAUUUGCAAAGACAGGGUGGAGGAGUACAAAGCCUCCAAAAGGAAAAGGAAAGGCGCGAAACGAUGAUGGGGAAGAAGCAGAGGACGAGAUAGAUGCAUCUGCUCUUCCAAGCGCUGAUUUCUCCCUGCGACCUGCAACAUCGAUGCAUCUCGAACCUGAUAGAAUCUCGAUGAGAGAGUGGAUCUAUCCACUUAACAGAGACAAACGAGAAUACCAAUUCAACAUCGUCAAGGCCUCCCUGUUCGAUAACUGCCUUGUCGCUAUUCCAACAGGAUUGGGGAAGACAUUUAUCGCUGGUUGUGUGAUGCUUAACUACUAUCGUUGGUUUCCUGAAGGCAAAAUUAUCUUCGUUGCACCAACGAAGCCACUCGUAGCGCAACAGAUCGAAGCCAGUCACGAAGUAUGUGGAAUUCCAGGUACAGAUGCGAUAGAACUUACGGGACAAACCCCACGCGACGUCCGACAAGUCUUGUGGAAAACAAAACGCGUCUUUUACAUGACGCCUCAGACCCUUGUGAACGAUUUGGCGAAUCAACUCGUGGAUCCAAAGCACAUCAUCCUUCUCGUUGUCGACGAAGCGCACAAAGGAACCGGAGACUACGCCUAUACGCAGAUUGUGCGAUUCAUGAUGGCCACUAAUCCUUUCUUUCGGCUUCUCGCCCUCACAGCGACACCUGGAGGCAAGCCAGAAGCGGUACAAGUCAUCGUCGAUUCGAUGCAUAUCAGCCACAUUGAGAUACGCAACGAAGAAAGUAUGGAUGUUCGUCAGUAUAUGCAUCACAAGACUAUCCGAGAGCAUGUCGUCGUAUUCGAUGGAGAGCUCCUCAAGAUUCGAGAGCUGCUGCUGAAGGUCAUGGAUCGGGUGCUUGGUCCGCUGCGGGCCAAGGGCAUCCUAUUUUAUCACGACCCUGCUAUGGUUAGCGCAUUCGUUUGUCAAAGCGCCAUGGGCAAAUUGGACAACCGGAGCGAAGGGUGGGCCUACAAGCCUUUGAGUGACCUCGGAGCACUGGCACGUGCUUAUGGCUAUCUCAUGGAACACAGCGUCGAGAUGGCAUAUAACUCACUUCAAGAUUUCGCCAAUGGUGUCAAGAAGAGCAAGCCUGGUUCCAAGCAACAGAACACUAAGCCAAGCAAGGUGGCACAAGAUCCAAAUUUUGUUGCCUGUAUCAACGAGAUUGAACGUCAGCGCGACUUCAAGAAGGCAUUUCCUACUCAUCCAAAGAUGGAGAAGCUGCGCACACUGGCCAUUCAACAUUUUGCAAAUGCAGAGAUUGUCGAAGAGGACAAAGUUCUACCUGGGGAGCAGCCAGCAAAAUCAAGCACCAAAAUGAUUGUCUAUUGCUCGUUCAGGGAGUGCGUUGACGAGAUCACAGCCAUGCUGAACGAGCAGCAACCCAUGAUACGAGCCCACCGGUUCAUUGGUCAAGGAAUAGAUAAGCGGGGUGCCAAGGGAGUUUCACAAAAGGAACAAUUGGCCGUCAUCAAAGACUUCUCGGCAGGCAAAUACAAUGUCAUUGUGUCGACCUCAAUUGGGGAAGAAGGUCUGGACAUUGGAGAAGUCGAGUGCAUCGUCUGUUAUGACGCUCAGAAGACAGCUAUUCGCUCUCUGCAAAGAGCUGGGCGCACAGGCCGUAAAAAGGCUGGCGUUGUCGAGGUUCUCCUCACAAAAGGACGAGACGACAGGAACUGGGCUACAGCUACCGCCGCAUACAAAGAGGUCCAACAAUCCAUUGUACGCGGGACGGACUUGGAGCUGUAUGGCGACGUCCCACGGUUGCUGCCUGACAACGUUGAGCCCAAAUGCAUUGAGAUGAGGAUGGAGUGCAUCCCAUAUGUCCGCGAUGAGCCGAAGCGUCGAGGUUCCGGAAACACAUCACGAAAAUCAUCUUCCAAAACGAAUGCGACUAAACAACCUGGCUCGCGCAAGCGUGUGCGCGAAGAGAUUCAAGAGGUUGAAGAAGAGCAGGAGGCAGAAGAGGACGACCCAAGCUCUCCAAAGAGAAAAAAGAAGUUUGUGGCGACAGAUGACGAUGACGAAGAGUUACUCCAACCGAAAAGACGUACAAACAAGAAGGCUUUGGCAUCGACCAAGCAUAAAAACUCUGCACCUCGCUCUUCCGUCCCGAUGACCAGCUUUGUAUCAGCGAGAAUGCUGGCUCAAGAGGACGAUGAAGACUCUGAUAACGAUGCACUGGACAAACUUGUCGCAAAACAUACCCAAGGCGACAGUAUCAAACCCUCCAAACCCUCCAAGGCGCAAAAGAAAGCGAUCCCCAAACAAAUUCCAACUAAGCCAGCCGCGAUGAACUGGCUGCUGGAUUCAGACUCUGAUGAAAGUGAUCCGCCACCAAAACCACAACCCAGAAAUACGGUGGCUGAACAGAAUGUACCCAUCGACCUGACAGAGACCGAAGAGUCUGAUGUCGAAUUGAUCGAGGAGGUGCAGAUCUCGCCACCCAAAUCCCGUCCAACUGUCUCAAACGUCAACCGUAGACUGGUCGCGAAGGAUGUGAAUACUUCAUCUCCUGAAGCUUCUUUCCUACUCGAAAAGCCUGCGAAAAGAAGAGUUUUGCCGCCGCCGCCAGCAGACGAUUCUCUGGAGCUUUCGUCCCCAGUCAUCCGAAGACUCAGGAGAAAGGGAGACGAAGGCGACAGGAGGCUCAUGCCACCACCCCGUGCUCCUGGCGCAGCUACUGCUGAUACAAACUCCAAGGCGCGUGGUUCGGGCGUAAAGUAUUCAGUACUAGACAAAAACGAGUUCCUGGAGAUGGAAGCACAACACUCUGGAGACGAAGUCGACGCAGGAUCAUCCGACUCGGAUGGCAUUGCGCAUAGCUCUGAUAUCGAAUGGCUAGUAGACACAUCGGGAACACAGGCCCCAUCUGGAUACGAGCAGAGUGUGAUUUACAGGCAAAGCCUCCUCACCCAGGCACCGAACAAUGCAGCCCCAGUUUUUGCUUCGCGACCCGUCAAGACGGGUUUCCUGGGUAGAGGCCGCGCUUCUAUCGGAGAGCCGAGGAGAUACGGCGCCACGGGGUCAUCACCAAUGAGAAGCAGUGACAUAGAUAAUUAUUCUCUGGGCAGUUUCGUUGUAGAGGACGACGACCAGAUACUCGAGGCCUCUAGUCAAGAUGACGAUUUAUAA